AUGACUCAGUAUGAACUUUUGAGCAACGGCUCGGAGGAAACCCACCGCCCUCGCCGCGGCCGGAGAGGCCUGGCGCCGCUGCCCGGCGCUGGCGGCGCGGCCCGGCCGCGGCCUCCGCACAAAGUUUCCCAAGUUGCGGCGCCCGGGCGGCGGGCGGCGGCGGCGGGAAGGGCCUGCGCCGCUCGGGACCCGCCGCCCGCCGGGAGCAGCCGCCGCCGCCGCCGCCCCUUACCCCGCGGCGCGCCGCCGCCGGCCGCUCAGGGGCGCCGGGCGCGUCCUCCGCCGCCGGCCGCAGCGUCCUGCUCCCCGGGCAGCCCCAUGGCGGGGGGCGGGGAAGGGCCGGCGGCCGCCGCCGCCGCCGGCUGGAAAGUCCCUGCUGCGCCGCGACCGGCUCGCGCACGCGGCGGCCGCCGCGCCGCGCCGCCUCACGCACCCUCGCGCCGGCACUUCCUCCCGCGCGCUGGAAAUCCCCGCCGCCGCCGGCGCGCGCCCGGCGCGCGCGCCCCCGCCCGUUGCCAAGGGCCCUCGCCGCCGCCCGCCUUAGCAACGGCGCCGCCCGCCCCGCCCCCGCCGCGCCCCGCCUUCCGGGUCGGGAGCUGCGCAGGCCGCGCGCGCUCCCGCGCCGCCCCACGCGCGAGCCUGCUCCGUGUCACGUGCCCCCACGCGCGGGUCGCCCACCGAGACGCGCCAGACGUGCUCAAGGCAUGCUGCCCGCACGCGCGCACACCGGCCCCGGGACACCGGCCCCGCGCGCGCGGGCCACCGGCCCGGGGUGCCGCAGCACUCCCGCCCCUGCUACUCCACGCCGGGCAGGACUCGGGUCUGGCCGAGUGCGCUCCCUGGGCUUCUCCCACACCCAGGAGCUGUGUCUCUGUCCGGCGUGGACAGGGGCCCCCGGUCCCCGAAGCCAUCGAGGACCCACCAAGCCCCCAAUACUGCCUCGUGGGGUUUGGCAAGAUGGGACUGGGUGAGGGCCUGGCCCUGGAGGCUGCAGGCCAGCUAACGAGCCAGGCCAUCACUGGAAUUGACCAGUGUACGUGGCUCACGUGCGUGGAGGCAGGAAGUCCAGCAUCUCCCCGUAUGGCUGCCCCGUGGAAUGUUCCAGAAUCUCAGAUAGGCUGA